AUUUGAUAAAUUAUAACAAAAUAGUCUAACAACCGUUUGCCGUUUACUCUUUCCUCAGUGACUUGGUAACGGCAACGGUGUCAAAGGACGAUGCAGGGUUUGGCAAGUAGAUCUAUGUGCACCUUGGUUCCAGGUUUUGCACCCCACGAUGACUGAAAAUCUUCAAAUAAAAAAGAUAAUACCUUCUCCAAGUGAGCUUUUGAUUGACAACAAUCGUACUGAAUCAGAUCUGAAAUGUUCGGUGCCAGGGUGUGGAUAUAUUGCCACUACAGUCUCAGUGCUGGGUCUGCAUCGUGCAAAGGCUCAUAACAUUAAAAAUGUUGUUGAGAAAAAUACAGUUCAUCACUACCACUGUCCUGUGGCCAGUUGCUACUUCAACCAAAAUUCAGAAAGAUAUUUUAAGACUUUGGACAUUUUAAGGACUCACUAUAUGAAGCUACAUUCUGACAAGAAAUUUCUGUGUCAAAAAUGCAAGAAAGCAUUUGGGUUGGAGCGAGAUUGUCUUCGGCAUCAGAGAGAGUGUGGACAAGAGUUCUCCUGUGUAGACUGCGGCAAGACGUACGCUGCCAAAUCCUCACUCAUCGCACACUGUAACUACAACCAGCAUAAGAAGCCGGAAGCUGUUAUCUCAGAAGCAAGACCAAAGGCUGAGAAAAAGAAGGCUAGUAAAAGACAAAAGAAGGAUGUUUUAAUGAGAAAGGGGCCUGUUCCGAUAUUACCCAAACAAGUAAUUGCAGACCCAGACAAUUCUGAACCUUCACUUGUGCUGCCUUCGACUGCCGUACAACAGCAAGCCGUAAAACUUUACCACGUGGAUGCGUCUGUUGGACCCGAUGUUGAGAAAGUGACACCCGAACAGCUCACCACUCAGGCUGUGCAGACUGUCCGUUUCAAAAGAACCGCUAGCAUUCAGACAUGUUUCCAUGCUUUCUGCGAGACAAACAACCCCAAGAUUGUGAAACUAUCUACAGGUAUCCAGACAGCCCUGCCGUAUGAGUUUCCAGAUGGCGUCAGACGUCGUAUGGCGGAGACCCAGACACGGGAGUCUAUUCUACAGACGGCAAUGAGCGCUGCGAGGAUCCCGGUCCUCAAAGUUUGCCGGGGAACGCAAAAGUCUCAAGGGGAAGCGAAAGCCCUGAAGAGGAAAAAAAUCCACGUUGGAGCUCAGACAUCCACUCCUAGCCCUGCCAAAAAGUCUUUGUCCACAACCAGUGUGCCUCUAGGGAGCAGUUCUUUACCGAACCAAAAACACUGUGGUCAGGUUGAUCUUGUGAACUUGAACCAGUUUUUGUCCUCAAUAUCGACACAGACAAAGCUGAGCUGUGUGGAUGAACAGUUUGCUGCGAGGACUUUAGAGCCGUGUGCAUCCCAGCACCUACAGCACAUACACACUCAGACAAACUCAGUUACAAGAUGCAGUGGUGUGCAGGCUGAUUUAAUGCUGACAAGAAGUGAUCAAGAUACCCAAACAACUUUUCCUGGCUUCCUGAAAAUGAUGCAAAGUGACCAUUCUGCAUUUUCCAAUUUCCCCACACAAGACUGCCACACUCAAACUGCUCUCCAGAGCUCUCACUGUGAAAUUGAGCCCAUCAUCAACAACAUUCAGACCCAGACCCAUCUGUCCUCCUUGAACCGCCCUGCAAAACAGGACCAGGGCACAGUCACCUGUCACACCGUGCACACAGCGGGCCACGGAAAUGAUGCUGAUAGAUUCCCCUGCUCACACUCGGCGAUGGAGUAUGGUUACCUUGAUGAUGUGUCUCAAUUUAGAUCUUUUUCACACCGGGAACCCUCCUCGCUUCCUCACGCAGGCCCCAGCAGUAACACUGAGCCAGCCAGCACCAGACGCUCGGUCAGUGAAAGCACCAUGGUGGCCCCAGAUGACCUGACGGAUUUGUUGAUGGACGUUCUCGAGAACACGCAGACGCCGCCUGCCUCUCCUCCUCUGAUUUUGCGACCAGCGCAGACAGUUCAGAGUAUGUCUCAAGAUGGGAUCCCUCACCUUUCUUCCUCCUGUCCACUGAAGAGUCGUGCUAAUAAAGGAGAGUUUUCUGGCUGUGGUCAGCUGAGAGGUAGCCAGCUGGGGCACAAGCUCUGUGAUCUUGUCACCACUCACGACGCGGCUGUCGGGGGAUCAGACGGCAUCACGCAGACAUUUGACCUUGGCUGGGAUAUGGGCACACAGACAAUGACAGACUUUGUCACCGACAUGAUGACCCAGACUGGUGAUGACCUCCUGGAGUUCCUGACCAGCGACAUCCAGACCCAGACCUUGGACGAUAUUUACAGCUCAUUACCUCUGACUGCUGAGUCGCCCCUUCACAGCUCGGAGAAAAUGGCAACAACAGACAUCGCCAUACAAUUGGAUGUCUCUGACUUCAGCGGAGACCACGCCAGCACUCAGACCGUCGGGAGUGGUGUGGACGAUCAGACUCUGGACUUGAGGGACAACUCGUUCGCUUUCCCCCCGGAGAUGGCGUCCGUGGGCUGUGGCAGCAGUCCCAGGAUGGGUGGCGAUGCGGUCAUGGUUGGACAUGAUGAUUAUUCUUUGUUGUAUCCCCAAGAAGACAACUACAUGGACGUGAUAACUCACAGUUCUGUCACCGCAGGUCAACUUGACAGCAGACCAGCAAUGAGCUUGCCAUACAAGAGCACAGAGACUUCAGAAACACAAACCUCUCACGAUCCCUUCUUUUCAAAUUUAUUGAAUGCUGAAUUAAAAGAAUCUUUUUCACAAUCUCUGGAGCCUGGGGGAAAAAAAUCUCUGGAGAACUCUCACACCCAAACAGCUUUAGACUCCGUGCUGCCGAUGUUGUGUUUUGAGGAUGUCCCCACAGUGCAGUUUUCUCCAUCUUCAAAAACUAUCGACAAAACUGUGGCCACUGACUUCCCAAGCACUGGCAGAGAAACGGCAGAAUGUCAAACUCCGUGGGAAGAUUUCUUUAGCUUUGUCGAGGACUCGGAGACUCAAACUCACGAGAUAAAACCUUUGAGUAUCGGACUGUCGAUCGGCAUCAACAGCCACACACAGACAAGCCACAGCCAGCAUCCCAUGGGGCAGUUCGUCCUGACCGAUUCCUUCACACAGACGUGUUUGGAUCAGAACACACAGACGCAGCCCUAUGACAUGGAGGAUCUGUUGAAUCUCUGACUUACAACAUACAGUAUAGCACGGAAAGGUCGAACACAGAAGACUGUAAAUCACACAUCCGUCGAACUGUACCUACGGUCCCUGUUUUUUUUUCUAUUUCAUCUUUGAAAGAUAUCCCUUGACUUGAACUAUUGAUUCCUCCAACUACCGAGGCAAGUCCCGACGAAUUUGAGCUAUCCGUGUUAUACUGUAAUAAUGUAGUACUGUUCUGCAUGCUUUACUUUUUUUGAGGGUUUGGGAGGAGGGAGAGUGUUAGGGAGGAAGGACAGGAUUGGUGUGGAUUUGCAAACCACGAAAUCCUCAGGGCACGAGCUCUCAAGGUUUAGGAUUGGUGUAAUCACUUGCUCCUCUAACUUUCUGUUAAGCCUGGACCAUUCAGUCAUUCUUUCCUUUGACUUAACUUGUGUUGGGAUUGGCACUGUUUUAUUGUUUCAGCACAAAAUUAAAAAUAUUUAAAUAUAAGUAAAAUUUAUUAUUAUUUGAAUAUUAUCAUAAUUUAAAUUAUAAUGACAAUGUGCUGUCUCAAUUACUAGUUCUCUUUCUGAAACAGUUUGUCUCACAAUAGUUGUAUUUUUGUUAUAACCUCGGCAAAUGUUUUUUUGCCAUUUGAUGAUUUUUUAUAUACCCUGGGGUAAUGCUACUGACUUUAGGCCAUUCUCGAAGGGGGGAUAUUAAUCAUGUUCUUAUACACAGUAGAAUUGUAAUUGUAA